AUGCGCAAAGUGUGCAUCUUGGAACUUCUUAGCGCGAAGAUGGUCAAAUUAUUUAGCUCCAUUCGACAAGCAGAGAUGUCAAGUGUUGUUUCAUCGAUUAAUUCCAUGCCUGGUGAAUUGAUCAACAUAUUAGACAAAUUUAAUUGGUUUGCAAGUUGUGUAACUUGUAGGUCUGUUUGCGGAAAAGUGGUUCAUGAUCAAGAUAAGAUGAUAAUGCUAGUGAAGGGCGUAAUAUCAUUGUCCACGGGAUUUGAAUUGGCUGAUAUGUUCCCUUCGCGAAAGUGGCUUCAUAAUUUCAAUGGGUUGAAGUUCAAAUUGAUGAAGGCUCAUGUAAAGGUGGAUGUACUUUUGGAGAAUAUCAUUAAUGAACAUAAGGAAAAUCGAGCAAAUGGUAAAAAGGGUAAUGGUGAGUUUGGAGGCGAAGAUUUGAUUGAUGUUUUACUAAGAGUCGUGGAAAGUGGAGAAUUAUGA